UACCGUUACUGAAUCCACCUCAGCUCCACCCUCCUCUCAGCCGAGACAGCGACUGAGAAACAAACAAGAAAAAUAUCAGAGAAAAUUGGAUGAAAUACAUAAUUAAUGGUCUCAAGUUUCUAUUUCGAUCCAUUUUAUCCUUCGGAUGAUUGAAUCUUUUUGUGAUUUCUUUCAGUUUGAAGCUGUCAUUUUUGCGUGUAUCUUCAACCAGUUGAUUGGUUUUACAAUGCGAGCUAGUUUUGGUUGAGUUACUGGAAUUUUACGUGAUUCGGCGGUGGUAUAAGCCCUAAUUUUGGGAAUUAUUGGUCAGCUUCAGCGGAUAUGCGAAAGCUACUGAUAUGAAUAGGGAAGAGUUGGGAAAUAUCAUGACUGUGAGGACAAAACCGGCAGCUCUACUUGUUGCACAAAGCAAUGGCCAUAGGGAUGAUGAAGGAGAAUCUAAGAUGGAACCGCAGGUAGGAUUAGAGUUUGAUUCAGCUGAAGAAGCACAGGAGUUCUACAGUUGCUAUGCAACUCAGGUGGGGUUCAAAAUCAGGAUCGGGCAGCUAUAUAGAUCAAGAGUUGAUGGCUCUGUAAUUUCCCGGAGAUUUGUUUGUUCGAAGGAGGGAUUUCAAACAAACUCAAGAACUGGUUGUCCUGCUUUUAUAAGAGUGCAGAAAGUGGAUUCUGGGAAGUGGGUGUUGGCCAAUAUAAAAAAGGAACAUAAUCAUGAAUUUGAAGCCUCUGGAGAAAUUUGUCCACCUCGAAUACAGAGGAAAAGUUUUCCAACUCCACGAUCAUCAGUAGGUGGGGCUAGUCGGACAGGAAUCAGAUCGCAUGAAGAUGAUAGUCCAUCUGAUAUAGUUGAUAUUAAACGUCUCAAAAAGGAAGAGAUGGAUGCAGCUGGUGGACCCGUAGGCGAACCGUAUAAAGGUCUUGAAUUUAAUUCUGCGAAUGACGCAUACAAAUUCUACUACACAUAUGCAGCUAAUAUAGGGUUCAGAAUUAGGAUAGGCCAGUUAUUCCGCUCAAAACAUGACGGGUCAAUUACAUCUCGAAGAUUUGUAUGCUCCAAGGAAGGGCAUCAGCACCCUUCUAGAGUUGGUUGUGGAGCAUACAUGAGAAUACAGAGACAAGAAUCAGGAAGGUGGGUAGUUGAUCGUCUUCAGAAAGAACACAAUCAUGAAUUUGAGACUCCGACAGAUCCUAGCAGAUUAGUUAGUGUUGCAUCAAAGGGGUAUAAUAGAGAGGAAGGAAGCAGUGUGUUGGAAAACUUGGAUUUAGUUGAAACAAACGGAGGCCUCAGCCUUGUUAAACGAGUUAGAGAAAGUAACAUAGGAAGUGAUUGGUACAAUGUGCUACUUGAUUAUUUUCAAUCCCGGCAAGCUGAAGAUACAGGGUUCUUUUAUGCAGUUGAAAUGCGUGAGGGUAAAGGCAUGAACAUUUUCUGGGCUGAUGCGCGGUCUAGAUUUUCAUGUUCUCAGUUUGGAGAUGCCAUCGUGUUUGAUACAACGUACAGGAGAGGUAGUUACUGUCUGCCAUUUGCUUCAUUUGUUGGUGUCAAUCAUCACAGGCAACCUGUACUUCUUGGUUGUGCUGUAAUCGCUGAGGAAUCUGAAGAGUCAUUUACUUGGAUCUUUCAGGCUUGGGCUAGGUCAAUGUCAGGGUGCCGCCCUGUGUCUAUAAUAGCUGAUCAGGACCGGCCCAUUCAGCAAUCAAUUGCACAAGUUUUUCCUGGGACGCAUCAUCGAUUUUCUGCCUGGCAAAUUCUUGCUAAGGAGCAGGAGAACUUAGGUGCAUUACUUUCCAUGGAUACCGAGUUCAAAUUUGAGUAUGAAACAUGCAUUUUCCAGAGUCAAACGGCUAGUGAGUUUGAUUCUGCUUGGAAUAUGCUUAUGAACAAAUACAAUCUGAGAGAGAACACAUGGUUUAAAGAGAUGUAUAGGAUGCGUAAAAGCUGGGUUCCGUUGCACAUUAAAGGAACAUUCUUUGCUGGAAUCCCGGUGGAUGGGAGCUUGAAGUCAUAUUUUGGUACUCUUUUGAGUGCCCAAACACCUCUAAAUGAAUUCAUUGUCCGCUAUGAGAAAGCUCUGGAACAGCGCCGUGAAGAGGAAAGGAAGGAGGACUUCAACUCGUUUAAUUUGCAGGCAGUUCUGCACACAAAGGAUCCCAUCGAAGAACAAUGUAGAAGGCUCUACACAAUUACAAUGUUCAAAGUGUUUCAGAAGGAGCUUUUGGAAUGCUAUAGUUAUGUUGGAAUAAAGAUCAAUGUUGAAGGGGCCAUAAGUAGAUAUCUGGUGCAAAAAUGUGGAAACGGGGACGAGAGAAAUACUGUUGCUUUUAAUGCAUCAACUCUGAAUAUCAGUUGUAGUUGUAAGAUGUUUGAGUUCGAAGGUGUCCUUUGCAGGCAUGCGUUGAAGGUGUUCCAAAUAAUGAACAUAAGGGAACUUCCAUCUCGCUAUAUCUUGCACCGGUGGAGCAAAAAUGCAAAAUAUGGAAUUCUGCGAGAUGCUGAUUCAGGAGGUGGUUCGCAAGAUUUUAAAGCCUUGAUGAUGUGGAGUUUAAGAGAAGAAGCCCGUAACUAUAUCGAGGCUGGAGCAGCAUCCUUGGAACGAUACAAGCUUGCCUUUGAGAUCAUGCAGGAGGGUAGAAGGAAUCUCUGUUGGCAAAAUUAGAGAAUAUCUCAUAAACUUAGUUUAGAGAUAUCCUUCUAGCUUUUCAUCUUGGUUCAAGAUCAGCCCUAGUUCUGAACUUAGAACAUUGUAACUCCUACUGUGGCUAGUUUUGCCCAGUUUUAGCCAUGUAAUUAAAUAGAAUCCUCUUUUCCUUUUGUCUGUAAAACUUUAUAUUAGAGCUGGGUCUUGCGCCCUUGCCUCUAAUUCUAGUUGUUAUCUAAUGUUAUAUAUCCAUCAAUGUUUUAGUAAAAUCCUCCCUCU